AUGGAUGACUCUCGUCGGUCAGCAGUUCCUCCAAAAGAACCAACUGGUAGAAUAUGUACAGUCUGCUCUGAUCGUGCAAACGGAUACAACUUUGGAGUCUUGACUUGUGAAUCUUGCAAAGCAUUUUUCCGGCGAAAUGCAGCGAAACACAAGGAAAUUAAAUGUCCAUUUUCCGAUUCAUGUCAAAUAACAUCAGCAUCUCGAAAGUUUUGUCAGGCUUGUCGUCUGAACAAGUGCUUUGGAGUUGGAAUGAACAGUGACUGGUUGAAUGAUUUGAAGCCAAAGACAACUGGAAAAUUUAAAAGAAAGAAACCAGAAUUGAAGAGUCAGAUGAAAAUAGAAAUUGAAGAUACAGAAGAAGAUGUUGAAAAUGAAGAAGAAGAGCAAAUUAUUGUACCAAAAGCAUUACUCGAGAAACUAAUCAGCAAAGCGAAUGAAAAACCAAAAGAUCAUUGUAUCUGUAAAUGUCAAUGUGGAUUCUAUUCAACAACACAACGUCUAACUGCUUUCAUUCCAAAAGAAGAUACUGUUUCCACAAAUAGUCCAUUGAGCUCGGCAUUCACUCAGCCCCAUUCUGAUUCAUUUUCUUAUUCAUCAUCUUCUCCGACUCUUUCUCCAAUGUCUAUUAUCAGUUGUGCCCCAUCUUCUCACGAUUCCAGCAGCUACAGUACUCCUCAACUCAUCGCUCAAUCACCGUCUAACUAUAGAGUUUCUCCUUCUUCUAUGGCUGGUUCCAUAACUGAAAUGUCUCCUCAAAUGACAUCUCAAUAUCCCCCAAUGUUUUCUCCAUUCCAAUUUAAUCUCAUGGCUCAAAUGACUUCUUCUCCCAAUUUCUUGAAUUUUCCACCAAUGCCAGAAAGAUCUUGGACUCCAGUUCAAGCAGUACAAACAGAAACUUCUAUUAGUACAGUACCUUCAAGUUUGCUUGAAAAGAUCCAUAUAAAGAUAGAUAAAUACAUUGGUGUUCUAAACCCCGAGGAAAUGUCAAUGCUAGAAGAACUUCAUAUUCGGAAUGAGCCAUUAAAUGCUCCCUUAAUUCAAUGGCACAAUCCAAAAAGUAUAGACGGAGUGUUCAAAAUUAUUGAAGAAGCUCUUCGGAGGAUUGUCAAUAUGGCAUGUCAGCUGAAUCUUUUCCGUGAACUCCACGUGGAAGAUCGAAAAAAUCUGCUGAAGAGUGGAUUCGGAGAGCUUCUGAUUGUUCGUGGAUUGAUGGCUUAUGACAAAAGUGAUAACAGUUGGAACCAUUCAUUUGGUGUAGGUGGAAAAAUGGAGGUGAAAGUGGAUGUUCUGAAGAAUCCAAAACUUGAAGAACACUACAAAGCACACAUUAAUUUAUUGGAGACAUUUGGAGACGACGUCAGAAAUAAUGAACAUUUGAUGCUGAUUUUCAAUGCAGCUGUCAUAUUUCAUCCACAUGUUUCAAAUUUACGAGAAAGUAAUCGAGUUCAUACAACACAAGCCAAAUACUUCCAGAUGCUUUUAAAACUUCUUACAUUCGAAUAUGGAAAAGAGAGAGCCGAUAUUGCCUACAGUAAUCUAUUGAAUCAAGUUGUAGAACUCCAUCGGGUGAAUCGAACUCUUCUUCGAGUAUUUUAUGGAUUAGAUAUUGCUCAAUUAGAUCCAUUGAUUCGAGAACUUUGUUCUUUUGAAUAA